GGGCGGGGGGAGCUAUCGCGUGCGCGCGGCUGCCCAUGGAGCGCGUGGGGAAGUGGCUGGGCCGCCCCCGGGAGAUCUACAACCUGCUGCGGUUUAAGAUGGGCGGCGGCGCGGCGGUGAUGCCCCCGCUGGACCAGGACGCGCUCAGCGACGGCCUCAGGACCUGCUACCGGUACCUGAACCAGACCAGCCGGAGCUUCGCCGCCGUCAUCCAGGCCCUGGACGGGGAGCUGCGUCAUGCUGUGUGCAUAUUCUAUCUGGUUCUCCGAGCUCUGGACACUGUAGAAGAUGAUAUGACCAUCAGCUUAGAAACCAAGGUCCCAAUGUUGCAUGACUUCCACUCCUAUCUGUAUCAGCCAGACUGGAGAUACAUGGAAAGCAAGGAGAAGGACAAGCAGGUGCUUGAGGACUUUCCAACGAUCUCCUUGGAGUUCAGAAACCUGGCAAAGGUGUAUCGAGAUGUGAUUGCAGAUAUUUGUCACAAGAUGGGAGUUGGAAUGGCCGAGUUCUUGGAAAAGAAGGUUGACACCCAGCAUGAGUGGGAUAAGUAUUGUCACUAUGUUGCUGGGCUAGUGGGGAUUGGCCUUUCCCGUCUGUUCUCUGCAUCAGAGCUAGAAGACCUUAUCGUAGGACAGGACACAGAGCUUGCCAAUUCAAUGGGCCUUUUUCUUCAGAAAACCAACAUCAUUCGUGAUUAUCUGGAGGACCAGCUGGAGGGAAGAGAAUUCUGGCCCCGAGAGGUUUGGAGCAGGUAUGCCAAGAAGUUGUCAGAUCUCGCCAAGCCAGAGAACAUUGAUGUGGCCGUCCAGUGUAUGAAUGAACUGAUCACAAAUGCAUUGCACCACAUCCCCGAUGUCCUCACCUACUUAUCUAGACUGAAAAACCAAAGUGUCUUCAACUUCUGUGCUAUUCCGCAGGUGAUGGCCAUCGCCACUCUGGCGGCCUGUUACAAUAACAAACAGGUGUUUAGAGGUCUAGUGAAGAUUCGGAAAGGACAAGCUGUCACUUUAAUGAUGGAUGCCACAAACAUACAAGCAGUCAAGGCUAUAAUGUACCAGUAUGUGGAAGAGAUCUAUCGGAAGGUCCCAAGCACAGACCCUUCUUCUAACAAGACCCAGCAGAUCAUCGUCUCAAUCCGGAGAAUGAGUUUGCCCAAUGGCGUCGAGGUCUCCCGUAACCAUUACUCCCCUAUCUACCUCUCGUGCGCCAUGCUUCUGGCAGCACUGAGCUGGCAGUAUCUGAGUAUGAUGUCAAAGGCAUCAGAGGAGUAUGUACAUGCCAGCGAGAACUGAGGGUUGAUGGGGAGAGUGAAGGUCAGUGGAUGGAUAAAGUUGGGACAGGUUCUUCUCUCUUCCCUGUUGGAUCUGCUGCCCUGCGGGAUGCCAGACUCGUGUGGGCGCUUAAAGCUGUGAAUGGAAUGGCAAGUCUGAAGGUGUCAGUUGGCUCGCAGUAUUGUGUGUUGCAGUCACUGGCUAGCAGCUGGAUUUGGCUGCUUUCGCUGUUCGGAUGAACAGGUUACAAGUAAGGCUGGCUGGCUGAGACUCACUUUUCCUCUUUGUGGGAGACUUUUUUUUACCUGAAUUCUGGCCAGCAAAUUUUUAAAUUGCCUGUCACUUGUGAUUUUGACACUUCCCUCCUGUAAAAAGUUGCAUGACAUGAGCCUUUGCAUUAUCUCAUCUGCCCUGUGUGUUCUGAACUCCAUACUUUCAUUGCUCAGCAACUGAAUGUUUCCAGGAAGUCAGCCAUCUUGGAAGCCACAUUCCUUCAAUUCACCAGGGCAAUGUCUGGCUGUUUUCUGACCCUCUAAAUAGCUGGGGAUCUUACAGUACAGAGACGAGUGUAUAAGUUCUGGGCCUCCCCAUCCUUGUACUAGAGAAUUGUGAAGAGAUACUAGCCUUAAAUAUUAGAGCUAUUGUGAUAACUUGGAUGUAGCUUGCUGGUGAGAUCAUUUUGUACAGUUUAAAGAGCUCAGAGGCUGAAAGACGUGUGCUCUGUCUUCUGAAAGCUGAGUAGAUGGCAGUACAUGCAAAGCUUAUUUCUCAGCAAAAGUUAAGGUGGGGAAUGUGUGGGGGCAGGCUGGAUGGCUCAUAGGUGGGUAAUGACUGCUAAGUCUGGUAGGAUACAGCUGUAUUGCUACUGACGGGAGCCAAGGAGGCAGGUCUGGAGUCAGCAAACCUUCCUGAGCUUGGAGAGAACAAGUGGAAUGUUGGAAUCUUUCUCCCCCUGGUCCCUCUCCUGUAUUUGUGCCCCCACCCAGGCUGACAGUAUGGCUUAGAGGCAUAUAGGUAUCGUCACUGGAGUGGCAACUAAUUGGCUCUGGAAGGACGGUGAUUGCAUACCUGCUCCCUGUGCAUUCAGACUUCCUUUAGAAACAUGACUCUCCUCACAUGCCAGUUUUCUGUGGCUAAAGCAGCGUUCGUUUCACCCAUGCCCUCUGGGGUGUGCAGAUACAGCCUGCAGGACUGUCAGCAAUAAAGAUACACACAACACUGGUUUUGACCCCUUGUGGCUGUGUCCUUUGGGACAGUGGCUGUUCAGAUGAAGUAGUCUACAGUGAAUACUGUUACCUGUCCGCGCUAUCAAUUGCUUCCAGCUCCUGUAAAACUCAACGUGCCUCUGCUGGAGACAAGAAUGGAAAUUCUUCAGACUGAGACUUAUGGGCUGCUUUCAGCUGCACUGGCAGAGUUCCACUUUCAGCAGCUCGAACUUAGCCUUGUCUUGCCAAUUUCAGCAGGUGGCAGGCUUCACAAAUCUGUCCCUCUGGACUCAAGAAAAUCCUCCAACCAGCUCUGAAACAGACUUUUAAAGGCUCUUCCUAUGAUGACUGUAGAAGUAGUAGGGCUGGCACCAGGAAGUCUGCUUAAAAGCAGGUGGGUUGGCUGUGUUCAGAGGGGACGGGUGUCCUUAAUAUUAACCCUCCCCCCAUUCGUCUUUUAGCUAGCACAGCUCAAGUUUUAAAGCAGUGUCUUUGAAUAGAGGUAAGUGUGUUUUUUAAGGAGAACAGACACUUGCUACAGCUCUGACUCACCCCACCUACUGUUACAUUGUGGACUAGUGUGCCAUGAGUGACUCCUCUGCUUUUCAUUAACAUCUAGUGGAGUACAGCCCUGGAGGAGGGGUCUCGGGGGCUAUUAUCAGUGCUGUUCUGGGAAGCAACUCUUCCUCCUGUUGAUGUGGCUGCUUUUAAAGCAGCUGGAGUUGUAGAUGUGCACCCAUUGUGGGAAAGGUAAGUGGAAGUGUAGGAGUUGGGAUCUCUACCAGGAACUGUCUCGUGGUUGGGUGUUAGACCACUACAGCACUACAAUGCGAUUACAGGGCGAGCUCUACUCCAUGGUGAUCUGUGUACAUACUUAGCUUAAUUCAAUGUUGAUGUGAAUAUUUGUUUUUGCUCUUUAUGCCAAGAGGUCUGGGCUUAAGUUCUCAGCUUCCCUUCUCAACAAUAAAUUUCUUUACCAAGAA